UUUUCUGUAGGUUCUAAUCUCCCAGUAACGUUAUUCCCCGGACUGCAGCCAUGGACCUUUUCAGUCGCCAUUAUACCCAUGGCUGGAAAACCUUCCGAGUUUUCACUGUUCUCAGGGUAAAGGUCCACCACCUCACGUCCCGCCAGCUUACUCUCCACUCCAGGCCACACUCCCUCCCUCCCUUCCUGGUUCCCGCCAGCCACCCAGCUGGCAGCCCUCGCUUCCCGCUUCCCAGGCAGUUCUACACCCCAUCCUUUUGGCCUGCUUCUUGGGAUCUCAGGAGAUGGUCCCUUGCUCAGGGAAGGCCUCUCUGGUUAGGACGAACUCCACUCGUAAUCAUACAGCCCCACAUCGCCAAGGACCUCUCUUUCAGAGCUCUAAUUUUAUAAAUAUAUACUCCUGAAUAUGGUGGUAACCUUAUUAACAUGCGUUAAAGCAGGUCUGCGCUCACAGAUAUCAGCGGAAGGAACGUACUGACUGGCGGCCCAACCACUCCUCCCCCCUCCCCCUAGGGCUGCGACGCAGCUAUUCUGCGUUAAGCGGGCGCCACGAAGAGAGACAUUGUAGGGCGCCUGCGCCAAGGGGCACGCAUGCGCAGAGGGACGAGCCCGCUGACAGAUUCUCGGUGGCGGUGGCGGCGGCAGCGGCCCUGGACUGCGGGGAAUGGGAAUCCUAGGUCUUUGAGCACCGCCCCCGCCUCCCUGCCCGCGACAUGGCUCAGGAGAAGAUGGAGCUGGACCUGGAGCUGCCUCCAGGCACGGUUGGGAGCCCGGCGGAGGGCGGCGGCAGCGGCAGCGGCGGUGGCGGCGGGGGCCUCAGGAGGUCUAACAGCGCCCCCCUGAUCCACGGCCUCAGUGACACUUCGCCGGUGUUCCAGGCCGAGGCGCCGAGCGCCAGGCGAAACAGCACAACGUUCCCGAACCGCCACGGCCUGCUACUACCGGCCUCCCCCGUCCGCAUGCACAGCAGCCGCUUGCACCAGAUCAAACAGGAGGAGGGCAUGGACUUGAUCAAUCGAGAGACCGUCCACGAGCGCGAGGUGCAGAACGCAAUGCAGAUAAGCCACUCCUGGGAGGAAAGUUUCAGCCUGAGUGACAACGACGUGGAGAAAUCCGCCUCCCCGAAACGCAUCGAUUUCAUUCCGGUGUCGCCAGCACCGUCACCCACCCGGGGAAUUGGGAAGCAGUGUUUUUCACCAUCCUUGCAAAGUUUUGUGAGUAGCAAUGGAUUGCCUCCAAGCCCUAUUCCCAGCCCAACGACCCGAUUUACUACCCGGAGAAGCCAGAGUCCAAUUAAUUGCAUUAGACCAAGUGUUCUUGGACCAUUGAAAAGAAAAUGUGAAAUGGAAACUGAAUACCAGCCAAAGAGAUUUUUCCAGGGCAUCACCAACAUGCUUUCUUCUGACGUUGCACAGCUGUCAGAUCCUGGUGUGUGUGUAUCUUCCGAUACCCUUGAUGGAAACAGCAGCAGUGCCGGAUCUUCUUGUAAUUCACCAGCGAAAGUCAGCACUACCACCGACUCUCCUGUGUCACCUGCCCAAGCGGCCUCUCCAUUUAUUCCAGUAGAUGAACUUUCAUCUAAGUGAUUCACCCACCCAUCCUGAGACUCGGUUUUGUUUUUGUUUUUGCAAUGGAGAGAAAAAUGAAGUUGGAACAAGCACUGAACUUUGUCGAUUAAUUUGAGGCUAUUUCCUAUUUUACCCUUUUCCUUUUUUGGAAUUUCCUGAAAUGUUGUUAUUCUAGAGAACUUUUAUGGCAGAUUCCUGCGGGUGCCCUUGAAUUCAGUGUAAUAUUUUCAGACGUUUUCCCAAUAAGUGUGUUGAAGCAUACAUCUUUACGCUGCUAAUAUGUCUAAAUACAUAUGUUAUCCCUUGAUUUUUUAAAAUAACUGAGAGCUCUAUUUAUUUAUGCGAUUAUUAAGUUCUGAUGCAAAUAUAAAUGUUGAAUUAAUCAGCAUAGUAAACUGAUGUUUUAAAAUUCCAUACUUCAUGCCCACACUAAUUUUUAAUGUUAUUUUCAGUGAUUGCUAAUUUCUAUUUGAUGAAGAACAAUAACUUACCUAUGUACAGGUAUUUUUAAAAUGUUAGUUUUAUCCAUCCAGUGGUUGUCUGUUUUACCCAGGAAUCCUUGAAUAUUUAAGUUUCUGGGUACAGAAGUGGAUGGGGGAUGGUGAUAAAAGAGCAGAAUAUAAAAGUUUGCAACAAAUCUUUUAAAAUUAAAUAUAUAAAAGUAAACAUAUUUAAAAAACAUUUUCUAAUGAAAUUUUAAUAGUAAUUCUAAUAAGUUGUACAAAUAUAGCUACUAUA